CCCUUACGCUCUGCUAUACAACAAUAAUGAUUAAUUUAUAUAACCCGUUGAAAUAAAUUGAAACCCGGCACUUUCAAGAUGACGCCUUGGACGGCGCUCGUUGUGUGGCUUCUAACGGAAGGGGCGUGGUGCGCCAGCGAUCUGAAGUUUCCCGCUGGUUUCAAGUUCGGUGCAGCAACAGCAUCUUACCAAGUCGAGGGAGCAUGGAACGUUAGUGGCAAGACGCCGAGCAUCUGGGACACAAUCACUCACACUCGGCCACACGUCAUUGCCGACGCAAGCACCGGCGACAUCGCCUGCGACUCCUACCAUCUUUGGCGGGAUGAUAUCCAGAUUGCUGCGGAUUUGGGACUGGAUUUCUAUAGAUUUUCGCUGUCUUGGCCUCGUAUUUUGCCCACGGGUUUCCCAAACUACAUAAACGAAGAUGGCCGCCGGUACUACGACAACCUCAUCAACGGUUUGUUGGAGAAGGGAAUCGAACCUGUGGUCACAAUGUACCAUUGGGACAUGCCCCAACGAUUGCAAAAUCUUGGUGGCUGGUCCAAUCCUCUCAUGGUGGACUGGUUUGCCGACUACGCGAAGGUUUUGUACCAACUCUUCGGAGACCGAGUAAAGACCUGGAUCACUAUCAACGAACCAUUCACCAUUUGCACAGUAGGUUACGCUGUGGAUGCCUUCUCCUCCGGCGUGAAGGACUCUGAGGUGGGCAGGUACAUCUGCAUUAAGAACGUUGUGUUAGCCCAUAGCAAGGCCUGGAGGAUAUACGACCAAGAAUUUCGGAAGGAAUUUAAAGGUCGCGUUGGUGUAGCCCAUCAAUUGUUUUAUCUGGAUCCAGCGACCAAGGAAGACGAGGAAAUAGCUGCAUUGGCGCAUGAAUAUUUCUAUGGUCUGUACACACAUCCAGUCUUCUCUAAAGAUGGCGGCUGGCCCCCGGGCAUAGAGAAAGUUAUGGCAAAGAAUAGCGAGAUCCAGGGGUACCCACAAUCCAGACUUCCGGCUUUUACUGAUGAAGAGAAGAAGUUGGCAAAAGGAGCAUACGACUUCUUCGGUUUCCAAUUUUACACGUCCAGAAAACUCCGGAGGCUUAAGGACGGCGAGAGUUUGGGUACACCGUCCCCCAUGAGAAAUAUAGAUGAGUUGGACGCUAUAUUCGAAGUCGACCCGAGUUGGGAACAGGGUGCCUGCUUUUGGUUUUACAGUUACCCUGAAGGCAUGCGCAAGGCGCUGGCAUGGGUGAAGGCACAGUAUGGAGACGUUGAGGUCAUCAUCACGGAGAAUGGCUACUCCUCCAAAGGGUACGGCUUGCAGGAUUACGACAGGAUCAAGUAUUACAGGGACCAUUUGGAACAGGUGUUGCUGUCCAUCCGCGAGGACAAGGUCAAUAUAACUGGAUAUACUGCGUGGACUCUUAUCGACAACUUCGAGUGGAAUGAUGGAUAUACGACAAAGUUCGGACUGUACGAAGUGAAUUUUGACGAUCCCAAGCGCCCGCGCACGCCGCGAGACUCCGCUGAGUAUUACAAGGAAGUGAUCAAAACCCGCAGCGUUGCAGCUAUACCACAGAAAUAUAUCAAGAUCUCUGAUGAGUUAUUUUCGCUAUCUUGGCCUCGUAUUUUGCCCACGGGUUUCCCAAACUACAUAAACGAAGAUGGCCGCCGGUACUACGACAACCUCAUCAACGGUUUGUUGGAGAAGGGAAUCGAACCUGUGGUCACAAUGUACCAUUGGGACAUGCCGCAACGAUUGCAUAAUCUUGGUGGCUGGUCCAAUCCUCUCAUGGUGGACUGGUUUGCCGACUACGCGAAGGUUUUGUACCAACUCUUCGGAGACCGAGUGAAGACCUGGAUCACUAUCAAUGAACCAUUCACCAUUUGCACUGUAGGUUACGCUGUGGAAGCCUUCUCCUCCGGCGUGAAGGACUCUGAGGUGGGCAGGUACAUCUGCACUAAGAACGUUGUGUUAGCCCAUAGCAAGGCCUGGAGGAUAUACGACCAGGAAUUCAGGAAGGAAUUUAAAGGUCGCAUUGGUGUAGCCCAUCCAUUGUUUUAUCUGGAGCCAGCGACCAAGGAAGACGAGGAAAUAGCUGCAUUGGCGCAUGAAUAUUUCUAUGGUCUGCACACACAUCCAGUCUUCUCUAAAGAUGGCGGCUGGCCCCCGGGCAUAGAGAAAGUUAUGGCAAAGAAUAGCGAGAUCCAGGGGUACCCACAAUCCAGACUUCCGGCUUUUACUGAUGAAGAGAAGGAGUUGGCAAAAGGAGCAUACGACUUCUUCGGUUUCCAAUUUUACACGUCCAGAAAAGUCCGGAGGCUUAAGGACGGCGAGAGUUUGGGUACACCGUCCCCCUUGAGAAAUAUAGAUGAGUUGGACGCUAUAUUCGAAGUCGACCCGAGUUGGGAACAGGGUGCCUGCUUUUGGUGUUACAGUUACCCUGAAGGCAUGCGCCAGGCGCUGGCAUGGGUGAAGGCACAGUAUGGAGACGUUGAGGUCAUCAUCACGGAGAAUGGCUACUCCUCCAAAGGGUACGGCUUGCAGGAUUACGACAGGAUCAAGUAUUACAGGGACCAUUUGGAACAGGUGUUGCUGUCCAUCCGCGAGGACAAGGUCAAUAUAACUGGAUAUACCGCGUGGACUCUUAUCGACAACUUCGAGUGGAAUGAUGGAUAUACGACAAAGUUCGGACUGUACGAAGUGAAUUUUGACGAUCCCAAGCGCCCGCGCACGCCGCGAGACUCCGCUGAGUAUUACAAGGAAGUGAUCAAAACCCGCACCGUUGCAUACCACAGAAAUAUAUCAAGAUCUCUAGGAUGAAUUAUAAAAUACUAGCUGAUUUAAGUUUUUCAUAAUCCCGCGGGAAUGCUUUGAUUUUCCAGGAUAAAAGUAGUCUAUGUGUUAAUCCAUGGUAUAAUCUAUCUCCAUUCCAAACUUCAGCCAAAUCCGUCCAGUAGUUUUUGCGUGAUUGAGUAACAAACAUCCAAACAUCUACAUUUUCACAUUUAUAAUAUUAGUAGGAUUAGGACUACCUAGCUAGCUUUAGUAGUCAUAGUCCGUGUGGAGUACACAAAUUUCACACCCCUAUUUUAACCCCUUAGCGGUUGUAUUUU